UUCUAUUUACUUAAGUCCUACCAUUGGUGUAUAUUGCUUUAGAUAAGAACCUCGAAUAUUAUUAUAACCUCGAAUUCUAAAUUAAAAAGCAUAACAGUUACAAACAUGGAUUCAAAGUCUUACCUCCUAGUGGUUCUCGCAGCGGUCGCCGUCGUUGUCGGCGUCGUAGACUCGGCAUCAAUCAACAAACGGGCGGUUGGUUUGCAGGAGCCUUGCUUUGCGGUUUCCACAAGCGGCCCAGUUUCGCCGGCGAACUUCGCGGAAACGAUAACUGACCUUAAACUGAGGGCGCAAGCGCUUCACGUCAUGUCUCUGGACAUUAAAACCUGGCUCAAGACUCCUUCAACACCCGGGGCGAAUCCAAUAGUUGCCAACUCAACUGCCGUCUUUUUGGACACGUAUCAUUUCACUAGCGACCCAUCGCUGAACGGUUCCGUGGCGGAUGCUGCUGCUAAUCCGAUCGGAGCACUUCAAACCCACUUCAAACUCUUAAGGGAAAUUGCGGAGUACAUCGCGGCCACCCGGAAGUCCGACAAGCUCGUCAAUGACGCCAGCAUGGGUAUUCUUGUGUCCAAUCUUGAGUCGCUCGAAAACCGAGUCUUAAGUGCCGCGUGCUCCGUUCAGAUCGCGCUGAGAGCGAAAGGAAGUGACGUCACAUCGUUCGAGCCAAAACUGGUUCAACUUUAUUCGAAUGUCCCAGAGCCGGUAUGGAGGGUCUACAUAGUUAUGAACGACAGCGCGCGACUAUCUCACCCCUAUCUCACUACCGUUUACGAGAAACUGUCGGCGGUUACUGCAUAAUUUCACAUGCGGAGCUCAGUGAUGUGUGGUGGUUAUUUUCAGAUCUUAUAUCUUAAUUGC